AUGCCGCAUGGAGAAAAGAGAAAACUAUUUGCUCAACAUCAAGAAUCAUCUAGAAAGGAUGUGGAGCGGGCAUUUGGAGUGCACCAAUCUCGAUUUGCAAUUAUACGUGGCCCAGUGCGUGCAUGGCAUAUGGAAACCCUCAAGCAUACCAUAUAUGCUUGCAUCAUAUUGCACAAUAUGAUUGUUGAAGACGAACGACACACAUAUGGAGGUGAUUUUGAUUACUCUUAUGAUAAUGUAGAUGACACCUACUCUACAACGGAAACAUUUAACGGUCCUCAUCCGAAUCUUGCAACAAAACUACAAAGAAGAGCAACUCUUCGUGAAAAACAAGUUCAUCGCAAACUUCAAGCAUAUUUGGGAAAGUUUUGGACAUGA